UUCAGGGCUGGGUCGGAGCGGGGGCGCCGGGGGCGCUCCGGCCGUGAAGCCUCUGCCACGGCUGGGGUCGUGAGCCCAGGGCCCAGGCGUCCGGAGCCCCGCGUCGGCUCCCCGCCCGGCGCGCCGUCGGCGGCUCCUGUCCUCCUCCCCUGCUCGUGCGCCCGCCCGCCGUCUCGGCCAGAGAAAGAAAAGUGACGGACGGAGCCGGGUCACGGUCUGCGGGGCGGAGGGGAUGGGCCGGCGGGCCCUGGGCGCAAAGACGGCCGGACGAGCCGGUGACGAGAGGCGUCCGCGCACACCCGCACCGCACGCGCGCUGGCCGCUGUGAGAGAAGCGGGGGUCCCGUGUCCUCCCCGAAGGCAAAGAUAACGAGUGUCUCCGCAGCCGCGUCUGCCCUUCUGCAGCCCUUUCACGGCGCUGGACGGCGCUGUCCGGGCCGCCCCGGGCUGGCGUGAAGAUCGCGCCCCGUCGGAGGAGGAAAGCAGACGAGUGGCCCCGGUCUCCGUCGCACCGAUCCCACGCGCGGUCCCCGAAUAAAGACCCAGAAGGAGUUGGCGAAAGUGUGUGUGUGUGGCGGGGGGGAUGCGUGUACCGGUGUGCGGUGCUGGUUCGUGGUGCGUCUACACCGACGUGUGCGCGCGGCUUCUCCCCCCGCCCCGUGGGGCUGCAGGACGCCGCCGCCUCACGCCGACCACCAGGGGGCAGAGCGUCCCCACAAGUGGCUGGUGUCGCGGGGCGUCCCGCCGCGUUCCCGGGGCGCCGGACUUGAGGGCGGGGAACCCCGGAGCCCAGCAGGGCCCCGAAGGCGGCCAGCCUGGAAUGGCCGUCGGGUCCCUCGUCUCAGCACCCCCGCCCCCCCGCGUGGUGGCCCCCAGUGCCAGCGCCGCCGUCAGCCGGCGUCCCCCCGAUUCCGUCCGCGUGGCGGAGGCUGCCCCGUCCCACGGCGUCCCCCGCGCGGACUGCGAGCGCGCGGGGGAGGGGCGGGGGGCCCCGGCGGGCGGCCAGGGGGUGGGGCCCACGGCAGGGCCGCCUCCCCUCUUUCCCGGGGCCUGGGCGGAGAGGGAGGGAAGCUUCCUGGCCUGGGCUCCGGGCCGCUCCGUCCGCCAGCCCUGCGGGCCCGCCCACCGGCGCCUCCCCCGGCUCCCCAGUGUCCGCCAUGGCCAAAGCCUACGACCACCUCUUCAAGUUGCUGCUCAUCGGGGACUCGGGGGUGGGCAAGACUUGUCUCAUCAUUCGCUUCGCAGAGGACAGCUUCAACAACACCUACAUCUCCACCAUCGGAAUCGACUUCAAGAUCCGCACCGUGGAUGUAGAGGGGAAGAAGAUCAAACUGCAGGUCUGCAGGGACCGGACGACAUGCGUCACGAGGGCAGGGUGAAGGAGGCGCCUGGCACGGGGGACACGGCUGGCCAGGAGCGGUUCAAGACCAUAACGACUGCCUAUUACCGUGGGGCCAUGGGCAUUAUCCUAGUGUAUGACAUCACGGAUGAAAAAUCCUUUGAGAAUAUUCAGAACUGGAUGAAAAGCAUCAAAGAGAACGCCUCAGCUGGGGUGGAGCGCCUGCUGCUGGGCAACAAGUGCGACAUGGAGGCCAAGAGGAAGGUGCAGAAGGAGCGCGCUGUUAAGCUGGCUCGCGAGCAUGGGAUCCGAUUCUUCGAGACCAGUGCCAAGUCCAGCACAAAUGUGGAUGAGGCUUUCAGUUCCCUGGCCCGGGACAUCUUGCUCAAGUCAGGAGGCCGGAAACCGGGAAACAGCCACAAGCCCCCCGGCACUGACCUGAGAGCUUGUGACAAGAAGAACACCAGCAAGUGCUCCCUCAGCUGAGGACCCUAGGCCCGGAGGCUGGACCUGAGGGAGGCUGUGGGUGGGCAGGGGAGGAGCAGCACGUGGGACUCGGAGGGGCUGCAGGUAGGUAGAUGGUGGAAGAGUAGGAGCCAGCGGAGAAGAACACGGGAAGGCGAGGGACGGAAAGGAGGUAGAAGAGAGAGAGACGGACAAGCCAGGAGGAGAGGCGGCUGGAAGAACUGGCCCUGGGUGUCAGACCUUCCCCGGGCUUCUAGGGCAGACAUAAAUGUAAAUAAACAGUUGAUUUGUUGUUAGUGGA